CAGAUUUUUCUGCAACUCUUGGCGACGUUCAAGAUAGAACUGGUCGCGGCGGUGUUUCCCUCCCUCGCUUUAAAUACCAUCGUCGUCUCCACAGCAACUCAAGCCAUCGAUCUGCAAGUCUCACUCUUCUGCAUAAACCCAGUGCAUCAAGCAGCGCAAUGGCGAGCAGCACCAUGGCUCUCUCCUCCACGGCCUUCGCCGGCAAGGCCGUGAACGUGCCGUCGUCCCUCUUCGGCGAGGCCCGCGUGACGAUGCGCAAGACGGCGGCGAAGGCCAAGCCGGCGGCGGCGUCCGGCAGCCCGUGGUACGGCCCCGACCGCGUGCUCUACCUGGGCCCGCUCUCCGGCGAGCCCCCGAGCUACCUGACUGGCGAGUUCCCCGGCGACUACGGCUGGGACACGGCCGGGCUGUCGGCGGACCCCGAGACGUUCGCCAAGAACCGGGAGCUGGAGGUGAUCCACUCCCGCUGGGCCAUGCUCGGCGCGCUCGGCUGCGUGUUCCCGGAGCUGCUCGCCCGCAACGGCGUCAAGUUCGGCGAGGCCGUGUGGUUCAAGGCGGGUUCGCAGAUCUUCAGCGAGGGCGGGCUGGACUACCUGGGCAACCCGAGCCUGAUCCACGCGCAGAGCAUCCUCGCCAUCUGGGCCUGCCAGGUCGUGCUCAUGGGCGCCGUCGAGGGGUACCGCAUCGCCGGCGGCCCACUCGGCGAGGUCGUCGACCCGCUCUACCCCGGCGGCAGCUUCGACCCACUCGGCCUCGCCGACGACCCCGAGGCCUUCGCCGAGCUCAAGGUGAAGGAGCUCAAGAACGGCCGCCUUGCCAUGUUCUCCAUGUUCGGAUUCUUCGUCCAGGCCAUCGUCACCGGCAAGGGCCCGCUCGAGAACCUCGCCGACCACCUCGCCGACCCCGUCAACAACAACGCCUGGGCCUACGCCACCAACUUCGUGCCCGGCAAGUGAGGAGGUGUCCGGAUGCAUGUGAGCGCGCGCGCGCACUGGUUUCGGCUUGUACCAUGAUGUAAAUUACUGUACCAGGGUUCAAUCAAGAAGGAAUAACUGUGUUCAUUA